UGUUCUGGUAGGAGAGCAUGUAGAUUCGGCUGUGGCUGUGUGUGUGUGUACACGUGUACACGUACACAUUCGGCUGUGUGUGUGUGUGUGCGCGCGCGCGUCUGAACGUAAGCAAGUUGAGGGAAAGUGGACGACAUAGCUCGCGCGCUAUUCCUACAAUUAUUUUUUUCAAAGCCAAGGUGGAGAAAGUCGAAACUAUUAUGGUUGAUUAAUUUGGGACCUGGGAAACAAGCUACCAGGACUGGCUACGUCGCUAGCAAACUAAAUGAACGCACAAUAACGAAGUCGGUUUUAGUUCAAAUUGGUCUUAAUCAAGCCUGUCACAUAACGGAUUUCGACCGCUAUAAUGUCAAGAUAUUUACCUGCACAAAUUAUGGUAUUGGGGGCUGGUUAUUCUCUUCAACAAAAGUUGAGUUUGUCAUCAUUGUGUGUGUGUGAGUGAUUGAGUGACUGUGUGUGUGUGUGAAUGUGUGUUACUGUUUGCUUUAGUAAGUCUGUGCCUUUUAAUGUGCAAACUGAUGUACAUUUCAAAGUAGUUGUUGCAUGGCUUCACACCAGCAACACAAAUAGCCAAGUGAAGAUAGAUAAGCCAUAUCCGUAAAAGUUCAGGAUGUUGAAGACUUUAACCAAGAAGCUAAGAAGACACUCGCUCAACGAGAUUCAUCCUUUUCAAUUUAAGAUUUCCUACCAUGGCAGUGGGGAGGGAGCGGAGAGCGAUGAUUCUGAGGGGGAGAACCAGGAGCUUGCACAGAUUGACAGAGAGAGGCGGCGGAACUGCAGCCUCACCCCUCUGGCAACCAGCCAGCAGCACAAUCAGGGUCCCCUAUCUCCGGCACGCCUCCAUCACCUACGCCUCCUUCUAGACCCGACUCUGGACCGUCACUCGUCUGAAGAAGAGCUAGAGCGAAUCAGCCACGGCGUUGGAGACGGCAGGAAGUGGACGCUGCACCAUCGCCACGGUGACCACCCCAGCAGUGCCUCCAGUGACGAGGAGGUGUGGGACCUGUGUGGCUGUGGCCCAGUUGCAGCAUCCUUGGAGCCUGGGACUUGCCUGGCCGCUUCCACCAGCCCGGUGCUCUUUAGCUCAAGCCCACCUCGCAGCCUCAAGCCACCGCCUCCAAUUAAGCUCCAGUUCCAGGGGGUGCAGCCUGCUGCCAAGCCUAUCAUCUUGACCCACUUCGACCAGUCGGCGGCUCCCUAUAGGAAACACAGGCACAGCUACGGGGGAGAGCUGGGGAGGCCAAGUCUGGACCUGGAGAAAAUGCAACAGAAAAUGCUCCUGAAAAAUAACUGUGGUGGGAAAACACGGACCAUAAAGAUCCGGAGCUUGACUGGGACUCGCCCUCUGCCCAGGUACGCCUACGAUCCUUCAAUAUUUGCCUUCCGGUCCCUCAGCAGGGUCCCUCCUUGCAAUCCCUUGACUCCGUCCGAAGACCCCCCGUGUGUGUGAGGGGAUAACACCAACAAAACCACCCCUUCCUCACUUAUUGACUCUAUAGAAGACUCCCAGACUUCAUACUCUGAAGAAGAGACUGAGCUAAAUAAUGAGUAUGGUAUGGUAUGACCGUUAGGACAACUUGACAAUGCCAAUGUUUGAAGGUCAAUAUAGUACUCUCAGAUAAUCCUGCUCUGUCAAAUCAUGCUUUUGCUCGGACAACUGGUUCACUUGACAAAACCAUCUAAGACACUAAGAAUGGGGAGAUCUUAACCCUGAUAUUGGAUGAUGAUGUGAGACGGGGGCAGACGGUAUGUGUGAACAAAAAGGCUCCAAUAGAAAUUGCUUUGAAAAUACACCGCUUCACUCAAGCUCUCCGUACCAAGGACACUUCAGGUAUUUCAUACAUUAACGGCUGUCUUUUGGACACAUUUUCAAUGGAUGGUUGUUCUAAAAAUGAAUUAUCAACAAUAUUUUUGAAGGACAAAACAAGCAUUCGAAAGCAUUCAAAGACCACUCCAAUGCGCUCGAUACAAGGGAAAUGUAUGUUGAUGACAAUCAAAGGUCAAAUAAACGCAUGACAGGUUUGUUGUCUUGACCAGGGUUUCCCUAACCCGGUCCUGGGCCCCCCACAUUUUAGUUUUUGCCCUAGCACUACACAGCUGAUUCAAAUAAUCAAAGCUUGAUGAUGAGUUGGUAAUUUAAAUCAGCUGUGUAGUGCUAGGGGAAAAAACAAAAAAGUGCACCCCAGGGCCCCCCGCCGAGUUUGAGAAACCCUGGUCUAGACGGACAACAGCUCAUUAGGACAACUCAUGAACAGAGGGUUUCUUGACACAUUGCAAGAUGUACACUGCACGAUAUGAGUAAAGAGUCUAUAUUUCGUGAUAUCAACCAGCGCUAAGUGCGUCGAUACUAGGGUUGAAAUGGAGAUCAGCUUUCUCCAUUCAAAUAUUUCCAAAACAUUAUAAUUAUUUCACAAUACUGACGACGGAUCAGCUCCUUGAGAGAUAUUUCCACCUAUGGCUGCAAAUAUUGAGCGGCGUAUUCUAAUGCUUUUAAUGCUUACCCAAUAAAAAUGCACUAAAUCACUGAUUUGGCACAUCAUUGCGCACAUGUUAGGCUACACAUCAUUAAAUAUAUUUAGAGAAAUUAUAUACAGUAGCCUACAUGUAGCAAAAUAGAACUCAAUUGAUUGAACAUGAAAUGUUUUUCAACAUAUUAUUGAAAACACCUACAGCCUACUGUUUAUAUUUUAAUGCAGUCAUCUCGGUUUUCACUUUGAAGCAUAUUUUUAUACGUCGCUCGUUUGUAUCAAUUGCAAAGACAUUAGCAAAUUCGUCUUUGUCGUGAACUUUGUUCUGAAGUUAUCGGCGGUCACAGAGAUAUCAGUCAACCAUGUGAUUCUAUGUUUAGCGGAGAUCUUCUGUUCAUUAAGUGAUGCUCGAGGGCAAAAAAGCAUCGAAAGUUGCACUUAGCUAUUCUACGAGUGAUCGGAGUCAGGCGUUAGAUUACGAGGGCUUUCAAGUGCAAUGUUAAUGAUAGUUUUGGGAAACAGCUCAGAUAUUUAACGUUGCUCCUACAAAGGGUUUAACGAUGAACUUAGCUUUAAGAUGCUUUUGGGAAACCGGGCCCAGGUCAUGAGAUACUACGAAAUGUAUGACUAGUUCAAGAGGUAACAAUGUAACCCUCAACCUGUUGACGAGUUUGUGAAUAUCACCUUAAGAGGAAAACAGGAUAACAUCAAAUACUUUGUCCUCUUUUCCUGUAUGCAUUUCACUGUGCUGUGGUGCAGAAAAGAAAGGUAUAUGAACAUUCAAGAAAGGGAGUAUAAGAAAUCUAUGAGAAUAUGACAUGAUUUACUGCUUUAAUUUCAGUGCUGUGUCAUGAGCUUGUGUAGUACGCUAUGCAACACCUUUCUAACUCUGUAUGUACCUGUAUGUACCUUUUCUUCGGUGGCACUUCGCCACAUGUAUGAGACAACCAAAGGUCAUCCCAAACGUCUCAUCGUUGUGCCUCUGAAUGACAUUCCUGAUGUAUUGAACGUUAAACUGAGGCUAGUCUUGACUGUAGGGUCGAUGUGCUAACGUAAUCAGUGACCAGACAACCUAUUUAUGCAUAUGAAUGUAUCCCUUGAUGGACAUGCUGCGAUCAAAACAAUGUCACCAUAACCAAGCUCUGCUAGAGUGAAUGUUGUGCAGCGCUCUGACAUUUCUGUGUCCCUCGCAUAAUUUAUGAACAAAUAAAUGCUCUGUGGCAUCUUGGUUCUUAGGAGUGAUACAUUUUAGAUCACAUUACAUAGACUAAUUCUACGUGCAUUGACACGAUUACCAUUUUGGAUUUGCUAUGUACCAGGGUUGUCAUCAAUCCCAUUUCAAUCCAGUCAAUGCACAAUGUGAAUCCAAAAACGAGUGUCAUUUAUUUUGUGAGGACAUAUUCUCCCUGUCACUCUGUGUGUCGCCUUCCUCAUUGCCAUGGCCCACCCAGCUUCUGAUCCAUGAUCCUGGUCUACUGCAUCUCUAGCUCCAGUACUGGUGGAGCUCUGAGAGUUGAAUCUGGGAUUACUCCAUCCUUCAAGAGCCAAUUGGGUCAGGAGGAUAUACAGGGUCAGGCAGCAUGGUCGGGAGUGGGCUGGGCCAGGAGCUUAGAGAGGAGGCUCUGGAGCGAGAGCCCAGGGCCAAAGCUGUCUGGAGGUCCUGCGGCACUGGGAUUUGGAAAAGUGUGAGAGUACAGUACAUGCUUGCAUAAAGUAUGUGUAUUUGCAGAAGUGCGUGCACCUGGUAUGUGAGUUAUGUGCUGCUAGGGCUUCUGCAGAUACCUAAAUAUCAGAGUGUAUGCGCAAAUAAUAGUGUGUCUAUGCGGGUGCAAAGGCUGAGUGGUGGCGUAGAGUGAGGCAGGACUUGUGUAUGUGUCACACCAAAGCCUGCCAAGACGGCAAGGUUCCCAUCCCUCCUCACUGGAUCACAGCAGAACAUCUCACCAAAUGGUGCAAGCUGCUCAUUGCCAGAUCAGACUGUUUGUGUCAGUAGGCAGGUUUCCAUUCUCAGGUUUAUUCGACAAAGCAAAAAAAAAAUGUUUGCGACGUGUAAUGGAAACGGCAGAUAUACAUAUUUUCUAAACAUCGGUAACAUUUUUAUCCGAUUGACAGGGGUGGAUUUUUUGGUUGAACUUCGUGACAAAUGAAGUGGAACGUUAUUUUUUUCUUUUCUUUAAUCAAUGUUUGGUGAAUAAGUUUGCAAGCCACGUGAUGUCAUCACACAACUCAAGCUCCACUCCACAUUCAAUUCUAAAUGUCUACUGCUAGCAAAAUACAUUUUUUUAAACAAAAAUAUUUUCUUUGCAGGACAAGGAUUGUCCUGACUUUCAAGAAUGCCUGAAUUGCUUCAUCUUGCUUUUCUGGUUGGCUGGAUGCAAGUUUCACCAUCCAAUUAUAACAGAUCUACAGGAGUGCAAAUCUCACCGUGGCACGGCCACGUGGGGCACAUGAUCAUUAGAAUAUGGCAAAUAUUAGUCAAUUAUUGCAUUCUAUCCAUGCUGGCUUUUGCAGGCUAUCAGAGACAUGAAAAUGAUUGGUGGGAGGGCAUACAGGCUGUCGCCAAUGUAUUAUUGCGCAAUUUGCCUAAAUGGGUGAUCGAAACACUUCAACCACUUCACUUUUAUUCAACACUGGUUUAUUUUUUGUUGUUGGGGUGUGACAUUAAGUCCAGCUGUUUUUAAAAUCAAUAUAGGAUGGUUAAUUGGAAACGCACCAUAGCAGGCAAUUGUCUCAUCUAUUUUCUAUGCAAACUUUCUAAUGUCAACAAAAUCACUGGACAAGUUAAUGGAAACAGUGGAUCUCACACACACACGGUUGGCUGUGAGAAACAUGCCUGUAUACAUUGAAAUGGAUGGGGAGGGUGGAGGCUUUGGGGAUUGUGAAAAUUGAGGGGUAGAGAUUGUGGUUGA